AUGAAUUUACACUCGAAAGAAGAUAAUGAGGAAAUCGAAUGGAUAGAUAGCGAAGAUGGGAUCGGCGAGAGGGAUCUCGCGGUUUCGGAAAUCUCCGAAAAUUCUGGACCAAAAUUUCUAAUACGUCAGGAUUCGAUACACGAUCUCGCCGCCGUCAAAACGCUAAUUAGGCAAAAUUCAUUACACGACUCGGAUAAAAAAUUUACCGGUUUUUCCAGCGAGAGGAGUUUGUCGUGGGAUAAUUACGUCGACAAUUACAGUAACAGCAAGGAUUCGGAUGAAAUUCUCGAAGGGUUGAAAGAAAUCCGGGAACAAUUGAAAGAAUCCGAUGAUGGCAACGAGUCGUCAUCCGGCGGCGAAGAAGUUCGAAUCCGGGGUCGAAGGUCAUUGGGUCGAAGUUCAAAAUGGUGUUUGAAUUGCGGUAAAAAUAGUGAGAAUUUGUCCGUCGACAGUCAUCAGAAUUUCAAAAGGAAUUUGAGUAACACGAGCAGUAAAAACACACGAUUUUCCGGAGAUGUCAGCGAUUUUUCAUUCGAAAGUCAUAAUUGGAAUUCGAAACAAUCGUUAUCGUUGGAAACGUAUCAGUCUCAUCAGAGGCAGAGAGACGCGUUUGAUUCCAGCAGCGGAAUCACUUCCAUAUCGGAAGAUGAAAGUAAGAAAACGUCGGACGAGUCGUCGAAUUCGAGGGGUAGGAGGAGGAGGAGGAGGUUGGGACCUCACGCUCCCCUGGAUUCAAGCGAAGAUUUAUACGAAUACGAUGACGAAAUCGAUAUGAGUACGACGUCCAAACUUCCCUCCAUCGAUGAAGAUUUAAUGGCGAGAGAAAAUGACGCCGUUUCCAUGACGACGACCAACCAACCAGCCAAUAUUAUCAUUGAUGCGCGUUGGAAAGCUGUGCUCUGGACCACAAUCGGAGAUCGUCGGAUCAGUAACAUAUUUUUAUUGUCACAAAUGCGUUUAUCGUUGUAUUGA